UAAAAAGAAAAAGGAAAAUAUCAACUACAAGAAGUAUAAAGAAGGUGUUCUGGUCUCUAAAACUCUACUAAGAUCUCUCUAAGAGCUUCCCUUUCAGAAAAUCUGACUGCACAUAUAUAUAUUUUUGAUAUUUUCCAUUUUAGCUUAUCAGGUAGGUGGUUUUCUGUUUGCUGUAAUCAUACAGGAAAGGAAGCUAACCAGCUUUUGAUAUCAAAGCUUGGUUCAGUCUCUAGAUCACUUCGAAGAGACAAAAGAGAGGGUUAGGGGUGGUGUUAGGGGAAGAGAGAGGAUACGAGAAGAAAGAAAGAGAGAAGAAGUUUUGAUCCUGCAAGAACUAGUGGUGCUCAAACAAAGGGGGUGGUGUGGGGGGUGGGUUUUGGCCAAGUAAUGCGCUCAGGAGCUUGUACGGUCCAGCAGACCCUCACCACAGAGGCUGCUUCAGUCUUGAAGCAUUCUCUUAGCUUGGCAAGGAGGAGAGGCCAUGCUCAGGUCACUCCUCUUCAUGUGGCUGCUACCUUGCUAAGCUCAAGAGCUAGUCUUUUGAGAAGGGCUUGUCUCAAAUCUCAGCCUCACCAAUCUUCUCAUCCUCUUCAAUGCAGAGCUCUUGAGCUUUGCUUCAAUGUUGCGCUCAACAGGCUACCAACAACUCCUGGUCCUUUACUUCAUGGCCAGCCCUCUCUUUCCAAUGCUCUGAUUGCUGCACUCAAACGAGCACAAGCUCAUCAGAGAAGAGGCUGCAUAGAGCAACAGCAACAACAACCUCUCUUGACCAUCAAGGUAGAGUUAGAACAGCUUAUAAUUUCUAUUUUAGAUGAUCCUAGCGUUAGUAGGGUUAUGAGAGAAGCUGGGUUCUCUAGUACUGCUGUGAAGAACAAUAUAGAGGACUCUUCAGCUUCUUCUGUGUUUCAGUGUUACACCACUACAGGUGGUGGUGUUUUCUCUUCACCUUGUUCACCUUCUCCUGGUGAAACUCAGAGAGAGAUCAUAAACCCUACUACUUUCUGGCAAACCCAUUUCCUAACUUACUCUUCUGAGAAAAACCCACUUCUCUUUUCUCCACAAAAGAAGCUCUCAAGCAACUAUUUCACUGAAUCAAAUUCUGUGAAGGAAGAUAUCAAGUUGGUAUUGGAGGUUUUCUUAAGAAAGAAGAGAAAGAAUACUGUGAUAGUAGGUGACUGUGUGUCCAUAACGGAAGGACUUGUUGGAGAACUGAUGGGAAGGGUAGAGAGAGGAGAGGUUCCAGUGGAAUUAAAACAAAUCCAGUUUGUUAAAUUUCAAUUUUCGCCAGUUUCUUUGAGGUUCAUGAAGAAAGAAGAUGUGGAAAUGAAUAUCUCUCAACUGAAAAGGAGAGUGGAUUCUGCUGGAGAAGGUGGGGCCAUUAUCUACACAGGAGACCUGAAAUGGACAGUUGAAGAAAGUUUAAUAAAUGGAGAGGACUCAGCAGCAGCUGGUUAUAGUCCAGCUGAUCAUCUAGUGGCAGAACUAGGAAGAUUACUCUCCGAUUAUAGCAGCUCAAACGCAAAGGUAUGGUUAAUGGCUACAGCAAGUUAUCAGACAUACAUGAGGUGCCAGAUGAGGCAACCUCCUCUGGAGAUUCAGUGGUCACUUCAAGCUGUUUCAGUUCCCUCAGGAGGACUUGGUUUGAGCCUCCAUGGUUCCAGUAUCAAUGAAUCAAGGGUAACCUUCUCCCAAAACCCAUCUCAGUUACUGGAAACAAAACCUUUCAUUGCCAAUGGAAAGGAUGAGGAAGAUAAGCUAACUUGCUGUGCAGAAUGCACCUCCAGUUAUGAAAAAGAAGCUCAACUCUUCAAACCAGGGCAGCAGAAAAAUUUGCCUUCUUGGCUUCAUCCACAAGGCACUAAUGCUAAUCAAAAGGAUGAAUUGGCUGAGUUGAGAAGAAAAUGGAAUAGAUUCUGCCAGGGCCUGCACCACCAAGGAAGGCAUAUUCAAAGUCAUUUAGGUUCCACUACUUUGUACAACGACAACCAAUGCCUAAUUGGGAAGAGCUAUUCAUAUGCUUCCUCCUAUCCUUGGUGGCCAAGCCAAAACAACAUCUUCUCAGAUUCAAAUUCAAUCUCCUUCAGAGAUUCGGUCCUAAAGCCUAAUCAGACCUCCAAUUUUGUGCCUAAAUUUAGACGUCAACAGUCAUGCACUAUUGAUUUCAACUUUGGCAGUGAAACACAAAAGCACAUGCCAGGGGAACCAAACUUGGAUUCUCUCAAGAACUCUCAGGGUAGGGAAGUCAAGAUCACGCUUGAACUUGGCAAUUCUUUCUGCACUGAUAUUGGAGGAAGGGACAAAGGGAGGAGUGAUUUGUGCAAGUUAUUGCAAGAGAACGUGCCUUGGCAAUCUGACACUAUUCAUUCUAUAGUAGAAGCUUUGAUUGAAUCCAAAUCAACUGGAAAAGGGACUUGGCUACUUAUCCAAGGCAAUGACGCUCUAGGAAAAAGAAGAUUGGCCCUUGCAAUUGCAGAGUCUGUUUUGGGGUCUGUUGAUUUUCUACUCUGCAUGAACAUGAGGAAAAAGGAUAAUGAAGCCACAUAUUCAGAGACAAUAGAAAAAACUUUAAGAAAUCAAGAGAAGAUUGUUGCUUUGGUGGAAGAUGUUGAUUUUGCUGAUACGCAGUUCAUGAAACUCCUUGCUAAUGGAUUUGAAACUGGAAAAUUUGGAGAAUCAGGGAACAUUAGCCAAGCAAUAUUCAUUUUAACAACAGGUGGUCAUUUCAUGAGCUAUGAAGAUGGAAAGGUGGAUCAAGAUUCUGUUAUCAGGAUGACCUUGGAGGUGGAGGAAAAAACUCCAACCAACAAGGAUCAUAAGAGAAAAGCUGAGUGGGACAUUUCAAGCAAGACCAAGAGUCCAAGAAUCAGUGAAAACAAAGAAAUUGAAAAUGGAAACGUGAAAAAAGACUUCUCAAGGCAGUCAAGCUUCAACACACUUGAUCUCAACAUCAAGGCCAAUGAAGACGAUGAAAGUGAAGAAAAACAAGGGGAGUUUAGCCCCAUAUCGAGCGAUUUAACUCGUGAAACCACCUCUGAUCCUGUUACUUCAACUGGGUUUCUUGAUAUGAUAAAGAACAGGUAUGUUUUUAAUAGAAAUCAGGCUCAGGACAGGGAGAUGGCAGAGGUUUUCUCGUCCAAGAUAAAGAGGUGUAUGGGGGAGGUAUUUGGUGAACAAAAUGUAAAUGGUUUUAGCAUUGAAGAGAGGAUAUUAGAAGAGGUAUUAGAAGGAUAUGGUUCUUUUGUUAACAGUUUGCUUGAAAGAUGGCUAAAAGACAUCUUUCAAAAAACCUUGCAAAGAGUUAAAAUUGGAGGGAAAGAGGGUGUGGGAAUUAGGCUUUGUUUUGAAGGUAAAGUUUUGGAGGAUGGAUUCAUGGGUACAUGUCUACCCAACAAAAUCCAAGUUUCCUUCACGGACUAACUCAAGUUUUAUAUCUUCUUUUGUAAAAUAUAUUACCACCACAAUUUCCUUCGUGUAAUUGCUAAUUUUCAUAAUAGGAUGUGUUUUGGUUUUCCUA